GUAAUUUUGUCAGUUUCUUUUUAUGGUUGGGUGUGUAGGUGGAUGGAUUAUAAAUAAUUUUAAUUCGGUAACAAUUAUUGAUUUUCUUGUUUGCCCGGGCGCCGCCGAUCUCUCGUCUCCUCAUGCCUAGGGUGGCGGCACCUGGCGGCGGAACUCCUCAAACGCCCCGUCGCCCACCCCCACUCCGCCUUCUUCCGUAAAUCUCUACGGAAAAAGUAAUCCCACCGGUUCGGGUCUCGUCCCGUCUCUGUGUUGACCCCCUCCGACCUCCGAAGUGAGCCGGGACCGAUUAGAUCCGGAGACGGAUCGUCGCCGCUUCACGCGCCCCCAAGACGACCGAACGGUCAGGGAAAAGGAGCCUGGACCCGCCUCCGGCCCCGCGACACCGCCCCCGAGGGCCUCAGUGUAUUUAUCCGCCGCGGCCCUGUUUUGCGGGGAGAGGACUGGACGGAGUGGGAGAAGAGCCUAGCAACGAUAGAUGCUGUUUCCAUAGGUAACCGGGCCACCUCUCCAGACAACAAAACCAGGUGAGCAUGCAGCUGAGCCCGGAGAACUCGGUCGAUUCAACGCAGUCGAUUUCAGUCUCGCAUCCUCCGACUAUUCAGGUCAAGUCUAUGGAUGAAGGAGCGGUGCUGAACAGCCCAACCAACUCAUGCGACGAGGCCAAUUCAGCCGCUGCAAACCUCCAGGCCGACCCGGCCAGCCCUGAGCCAGGCCACUACAUCACCGUAGCAGGAGCCGGUCCGAGGUCCUAUACGUCUCUGACUACAGUCAGCACUGCAUCAGAAUCAGCUAGCGAUGAUGUGGCCCACUCAUACGUCCAGUACAUUGAGAGUACAGGGGAGCAGACAAUCUACACGGCCUCCAAUGGACAAAUGUAUCCUGUUUAUACAGUGGGUGACUCUGGGACAAUGUACACGCCAACGACUGGCCAGUACUAUAGCCCUGGCAACACGACUCCGGUCACUUACACACAGGUCGCCAAUACGUCCGCCUCGACGCAGCUGAUCGGCAAUGCAGCCUACCUUAUUCAGCAGGGCGUUGAGACGGAGCACGGCAUCAUUGCCGGUGCAAGGGCUUCACCACAGACUGUUAGCGCUGAUGUAACUUAUCUUGUCCCCGGUGGGACAAACGGUGCAACUUCGACAGUGACCGGAGCCACUUCGGUUGUUACUGGUACUACAUCAGCGUUGGACGACCCGGGCCAGCCAAACAUAGCACACGCCACCCGAGUUUCGCCAACAACAGUGCAAUGGCUCUUGGAGAAUUAUGAGACAGCAGAAGGCGUCUCCCUCCCACGUUCAACUCUCUACAACCACUAUUUGCGCCACUGCUAUGACAACAAACUCGACCCAGUCAAUGCGGCCAGUUUUGGAAAAUUGAUACGGUCAGUGUUUCUUGGCUUGAGAACGAGACGCCUUGGGACAAGAGGAAAUUCCAAAUAUCAUUAUUAUGGUAUAAGAGUCAAGGCCGGUUCACUGCUCACUCAGAUUUCAUCGAAUGAAGAAGAAUCGUCGCCACGGGGUGUUGGUAAUGCUAAACGUUUCCGUCUUAGCAGUGGCCCGUCCAGCGUAUCGAGCGGUGCUUGCAAGGAGGAGGGUCAGAGCGGUGGCUCCGCCCCACUUCAGGAGUACUUGGGCGAUGGCAGCGGUGCUAUACCCGAUUUCCCGGAGGUUGAGGUGCCCACCUCACCUAACUGCCUUCCCCAUAUGUGCACGCUCGAUGAUCUCGACACAUUCCGCUCUAUCUACCGCGAGCACUGCGAAGCAUUCCUCGAUGCAAUCGUCAACCUCGAAUUUGCGACGAUUGAAACCCUCUGGCGCGAGUUCUGGCGAUCCCAGGAGCACAGCAACGGCGACGAAUGCGAAGAGGAGAAAUAUUUAUCAAAAACAAAAUUAUAUGUGCUGUCGAAAUUCAAGCCAAUCCAGGAAUUCGUAAAGCGAGUCGACUUUCUAUUUUACCAAAAUCUCGUUCAAGUCCUCAUUCCGGACGUUUUGAGGCCAAUACCGAGUUCUUUGACCCAGGCUAUUAGAAAUUUUGCAAAAGGGCUUGAAUCAUGGCUGUCAGCGGCCAUGCAGGGCUGCCCAACUGACAUGGUCGAUAUCAAGGUUAGCGCAGUUUGUGCCUUUGCUCAGACACUCCGGCGGUACACAUCGUUGAACCACUUAGCUCAGGCGGCGCGCGCUGUACUUCAGAAUUCAGUCCAGAUCAACCAGAUGCUGACCGACCUGAACAGGGUCGACUUCCACAACGUACAGGAGCAGGCGUCUUGGGUGUGCCAGUGCGAUGCGUCCCUUGUCGCCCGGCUUGAGGCUGAUUUUAAAGCGACGUUACAGCAGCAGAACAGUCUUGAGCAGUGGGCCGCCUGGCUCAAGGCGGUCGUCGCCACCGUCCUCAAGCCGUACCAGGGUCGGCCCAACUUCACGACAGCCGCGCGCCAACUUCUCCUGAAAUGGUCAUUCUACAGCUCGAUGGUUAUCAGGGAUUUGACUCUACGAUCAGCAGCAUCUUUUGGUUCUUUCCAUUUAAUACGCCUGCUGUACGAUGAGUACAUGUUCUACCUUAUUGAGCAUCAAGUGGCACUGGCCACAGGUGAAACUCCAAUAGCUGUCAUGGGAGAGGCUGGCUCAUCUGCCUCAUCCCAGACUCAGGAGUACGAAGUAGGCAAUGGCACAAACGGUUCCAACAACAACGUCGUUGAUGGCCAAGAGAUCCUCAUCGACAUGCACCAAGUCAAGCGCCUCAAAAUGAGUUAAAUUUUUAGCAGAAGGACGCAGUUUUUAUUAUUAAUUUUAGAAAAAUAAUUUGAAGGAAAAAAAAUCAUUAAAAAAACACAGACUUUUAUCAUUUAAUAAUCGUAGAUUUUCACAAUGAAAUUGAAAUUAUUAUGUCAUAAAAAAUAUUAAUUAAGAACGAAAACGGGAAUUGACUUUUUUUUUAAGAGAGACAAUUUCUAAUUUGAUAUAUAUAAACAGAUCUCACCCCCUAUUUUUUUUUUUGUUACUAUCUUAAUUAUUUUAUUUUAAUUAAUUAUUUAUUUUAGUGCAAUCACCCUAUACUUUGUAUAUACACAUAGAGAGAUAAACUUAGUCCUGCGUUGUUUGAUUCGUUAAUUGCUUGUCUAUAUAUUUUUCCUUUUACCAAUCCAAUUUGUUCUUAUGUGUGCCUGCACUGCGUAACGACACGCACUGGACUUUUUUUAAAAAUUUACUGUACUUUUUU